UCACUUCGCUGUGGGGUAAGUUGAGGGUGAAACAUUGAACAAUAAACGUUUUGUCUCCGGAGAUGUGAUCAUGGGUUGAUGUUUGAGAUUAGAUGGUCAAUGCUGUGGAUGGAGCUGUCUUGACAUGCAAACUCCAGUGGGUUUUGAGAGGAUAUAUUUUAAACAUGCUGUCAGAGCUGCUUACCUUCACCAAACACCCUCUACGGUGGACCAUUCUUCACUGGAAAGCAAGUUACUCCAAAAGGAUUCACCCUUUACAUCCAGGAUUGUGGGCACUGGGAUUUCCAGUUCAAAAAAGCACUUACAGAUGGACUACUGCACCGUCCUCAAGGACAAAUACGAGGCCUGUCUUUUCUAGAGCUCCUGGGUUUGGGGAAGCGCUUGCAAUCGUAGACAGCAAUGGGAGUCACAGCUACAAGCAGCUGUACUGCAGGAGCUUAAGUCUUGCCAGUAAAAUCAGUGCAGCAUUAAAUUCUGGCUUUGGAUGUCUUGACGGAAGACGAAUAUCCUUCCUGUGUCCAAAUGAUGCUUCCUACGUGGUGGCACAGUGGGCAGCCUGGAUGAGUGGUGGCACGGCGGUACCACUUUACCGAAAACACCCUCUUUCAGAACUGGAGUACGUGAUCACUGAUUCCCAGAGUUCACUGCUGGUGGCGGCACAUCCUUAUGCAGAGACCCUUGAACCGCUGGCACAGAAGCUGGGGCUUCCAUGUCUAACCCUCCCUCCUACAUCGGACCUGGACACUUUAGAUGACAUUGGUAUACCUUCAAGAGAAGAGGAGAACGCCAAAACGGACUGGGCUGAUCGACCGGCUAUGAUCAUCUACACCAGUGGUACCACGGGCCGCCCCAAAGGGGUUCUGCAUACACACAGCAGCAUCCAAGCAAUGGUCCAGUGUUUGGUUUCUGAGUGGGCGUGGUCUAAAGAUGACAUCAUCCUCCAUACCUUGCCACUCCACCACGUUCACGGCAUCGUUAACAAGCUGCUGUGCCCCCUGUGGGUGGGAGCCACCUGCGUCAUGCUUUCUGAAUUCCAGCCACAGAAGGUGUGGGAGAUGCUCCUGAGCCUCAAGGCUCCAGUGGUUAAUGUGUUCAUGGCCGUGCCAACUAUUUACUCAAAGCUCAUCCAGUACUAUGAUCAGCACUUCACACAGCCUCGUGUCAAGGAUUUUGUCAAAGCAGUUUGCAAGGAGAGAAUCAGAUUGAUGGUUUCAGGCUCAGCUGCUCUGCCUCUGCCCACCCUGCAGCGCUGGGAGGAGAUCACAGGACACGUGCUGCUGGAACGCUACGGCAUGACCGAGAUCGGCAUGGCACUGUCCAACCCUCUGAAGGGUCCGCGGAUCGCAGGAGCUGUUGGGCUGCCUCUUCCAGGUGUAGAAGUUCGAAUUGUCAUGAAUAACACAACCAACACUAUGAUUGCUGAAGGAAAUCACAAAGAGACUCAGGUGCGUCCAGGACUUGAGUGUAAACAGGGCGAGCUGCUGGUGCGAGGUCCGUCUGUCUUCAAGGAGUACUGGAACCGACCUCAGGAGACCAGAGAGGCUUUUACAGAUGACGGCUGGUUCAAAACGGGAGACACAGCAGUCUACAAAGAUGGCGUCUACUGGAUCUUGGGCCGCACCAGCCUCGACAUCAUCAAGAGUGGUGGCUAUAAGAUCAGCGCCCUCGAAGUGGAGCGACACCUACUGGCCCAUCCAGACAUCGUUGAUGUGGCUGUGAUUGGCGCUAAAGAUGCUAUGUGGGGUCAAAAGGUCACGGCCGUGGUGCAGCUGCAGAAAGGCCGACAUUUAACUCUACCAGAAUUAAAGACCUGGGCAAGGGAGCACAUGGCGCCCUACAUCAUCCCGACAGGCCUAGUCUUGGUGGAGGAAAUGCCGAGGAAUCAGAUGGGGAAAGUCAACAAGAAGGUCCUCCUGCGACACUUUUCUCCAUGACUGGACGUCUUUGAUGUCUGUGAAAGCGUGGGUGUUUCUUCAAGUACACAUCUCUUCCAGGAUACUCCGUCCAGAUCAGACAGAUGUUUCACAGUAAUGUAGUGAAAGGAAACAGAACAAUGGUUAAUGUUCGCUGGAAACCAAUCACAGCUCCCAAAACUGCCAUAGAGAUAAAUCCGGUCUUGUUUCUCAAAACAGUUACUGUUUAAAAGACUUGGAUGAAAUAGAAUAAAGUCGCUGCAUGAUGAGGGCAGUGUGUUAAAAAUUGGUUUGCAAUUUGGAAAGAAAGGAAGAAGUAUUCAAAUCUGCUUCCAAAAAUGUGUGUUAUGUAACAAAAGGUUUUAAAAAGUACUUUGUGUAUUCCCUUCAUUGAGUAGAAAUGUUUGCUUGUUCUCUGAAUUGGUUCUGGAAAGGAUGGAUUUUUUUUUUCACUGUAAAAUUGCAAAAGCCUAAGCAAACACUUUCAUACAUGAACUUUUUCACAUUUUGUGAAACACCAACAUAUCUAAUUGGGAUAUGGUGAGUGAGCACCAUUCAACAUUUGCUAUGACAUUUUAGGUGAAAAGCCAUGUCAGUGUUCAUAGAACGGAUCGAUUCUCUGUGACGUUUCAGCAUCCAGAUAUUGUUUUCUAACCUAACUGUGCUUUAAACUCCACUGCUUUCUCCUGCUGUGUUCAUUGGUCUUCAUGAUGAUGGUUGCUCACUAAUGUCAGGGCUCACUUUUUAGAUUUUCCUUCCACUUUACAAUUAUGAAUCUCUUGUCAAUUUACUGGAUUUAGAUCCCAAUCAGAUGGGAUCUAAAUCCAAAAGGUUUGCAGUUCUAAUGUGCCAAAAUGAGAAAAAGUUAAUGAGAUAUGAAAACCUUUUUAAGUGGUUUAAUUUAAGCAGAAGCAACAUUGUUCAUUUUUAACAUAUUGCCUUUCCAUCAUAGAGGUAUUGCUGCAUUCAAUAACAUGAACCACUGUAAAUCUUUAGCAUUUACACAGAACAUUUUGCGUUGGACUCAUAGCACAUGGCAGUGUGAAACUUCAUAGGAUGAACUUUUGGGAUUGAAGUUUUAUGUAAACACAAAUGUUUUGCAAUGGGCUUUACUUGCAAUAUUUCUUAAAAAAGAAAAAAAUCUAAUGAUGAACGUAAUGUAAAAGGAAAAAAGUUCAGAAGAAAUGAAUGAUGGCGGUCGACACUAUUGUAAAAUUCACUGCUCUGAAGCCAUCAUGAUUUUCUCAAGAUGAUGCGCAUAAAUAAAAUUAACAACAGAUAAUCUUGUUCUAGAUUAGAGAAAAAUUCCUUUGUCUUUGUAAAAAAAAAAAAAAAAAAAAAAGAAUCACUUGAAUAUCUGUACAUAAAACAAUUAAAAAAUUUUGGAAAUGUAUCUAAAGUUACCAACUUUCUUAUGCAUCUGUCUCCUCUGCAUGCUGUUACACGGUUUCCAGAAUGUGUGUGUGUAUAAAUUUGGCUACACAGGUGUGAUGAGAGCUCAAAAACAGCUUCUGCAGCAAGGCAAAACACCACAGCUGGAUGCCCCGCACUCCAUCUCACUAACCCUCUCACCCCGCUCGCUCUCCUCGCCUCUCAUCCUUUCUCUUCUCAAUUUAUCCAAUACUUCGCCUCUUCUGUCUUCAUCACAAGUCACAGCAGAUUGUUGCAGCACACGGAUCACCUCGGCUGCCAGAUUCCUUCUGAAUGAGCCGUGGCACGCUGCCAGAGUAGACGGUGUGUGUGAGGAAAUGACAGAAACUGGAGAGAGCGGAGAGAGGACUCUAAGCCAGAAUGAAGCGAUAACGAGAGAAAGUUGGUAGGAGGGGAGGGAUGGGAAGAAAAGACUCAUGGAGUUUUCAGUAAGUGUGCAAAGUGAAGUUGGCGACGAAGUAGAACAGAAAUCAGGUUGAGAUAAACAGUCAUGUCAUGAUGAAUGGGCAGAGAGCUGAAGAUGGAAAGAUAUAGAAGUGCAAGCCCCAGCUGAUAUGGCCUCCUGUCCGCACACACAUGUACACACUCAUCCGCCCACAGCCACCAGAGACCUGAUUAAGAGAGCAGUGCUAUCGAUCUGUGGGCUGGCAGGGCAGGAUGGAUGAGCAGUCAGAGGACAGCUCCAAUGCCCCUCAGGUUCCCCACCUAGCAAGACACUCAAGUCCUUGGCUGGAGCCACUAGAAGGAGGCCUGGGUUUGCAGAAGCAUCUCGUGUGUGUUUGAAGGUUGUGCUGAGGAAAUUUUUCUAAAUCAAAGAGGAAUGGGGGGAGGGAAUCAGACAGGCAAAGGGUACUGCUCUUGUACCCUUGAACUGCCUUCACCUCUUCUUUUUGUCUCCUCAACACACACAUUCAACCACCUUCUGCCUUUGUUUGCUGGAGCGCAGUGAAAGAGGUUGUCUGCAGAUGGCUGCUUAUUGGGCUCUAGGGUCCUGGAGGGUGGGGCCGGUAGGGAUGCCGUCAAGGUUGUUUAAGACAGAGAGACAGGGAGUGUGUCAAUGGAGUGCAAAAGGUUUUUCAAAAAUGUUUUGGUUUUACAAACAUUCGGAAAGAGAGUUUCAGUCUUUGUGUUUUCACAUCGUAUGCAAACCUGCCUGCAAGGGCUGAACAUUGAUCAUGUCCCAUCAAAGGCUACAAAGUGAGAGUUUUUCAUUCACACACUGUAAAAACACAAAAUCUUACCAAAUAUUUUCGGUCUAGUGCAAAUAUCAUAGAGGACUUGAAAUCAGACUAAACUACCUCGUCUGUAACUUU